UCUGGUGAUGAUAGUGAUGAUGAUAUGAACGAUGGAAAAUUAAAUGAUUAUGUACAAUAUAAAUGUGACCACAUAACUCAUUACGAUUACAAUGCAACCUGGUCAUUACAAGAUGCGAUAGCAACAACAUUUAAUAAAUUCUUGGACAAAUCACAAACAAUUAAUUUUUGGCAAUGUGGGAUUGAUCUACAAUUAGAUACAUGGAAGAAUAAAUUAUUUAGUCGACCACAGUACAACAAACAUAUUGAACAACAACAACGCAUAAAAAUGAAGCAAUACGCUACAGAUGAUUGUAUUGCAGUCGCAGAAUUAUUCUUAUGCAUGUAUCCGGAAACAACGACGACAACAACAACAACAACAACAGCAGCAGCAGCAAGGAACGUGUCGAUCAAUUUUGAAGAUUAUUUAUCAAACAUAAGCGAAGAUGAAAUUGAAUUAAUCGCAUUAACCAAACCAAAAUUAAAGGAAAAAGAAAUUGUAAAUCAACCGAAUGAUUCACCAGCCGAAUUAAUUAUAACAACAACCGAAAAUGAAAUUAAUGAAUUAAUUCCAACCCAAAAACCACCCCCAAACACAUCAACAACAUUAACAUUAACCAAAAAUGAACGACAACGACGGAAAAAUCGAAAACUUAAAUGGAAAUAA